AUGACAGAAAGCAAUCUGGAGCAAUUUGUUCCUGCACUCCUUAAUGCAUCUUGGUCCAAUGAUUUGAUAAUGAAGAUGACAGAUAUUUUCGAAAAGCAAACCUCUUCAACAAUAUCGUCGUUUGUAUCAGCAUCACUCAAGUCUUUAAUCACUAUUGAACAUUGGACAUGGCAAAUGCUCAGUAAAGAUUCACAGCGAUGGAUCAAUCUCGAUGAUUGCGUCAAGUUCUUUCAUGUACUGCAUUCAUUUAAUCUCAAAUUAAUUUCGAAUAAUGAUGAAAUUCAGCCUGAUACAAAAAUAUCGCUUAUUAUUCCAUCGAAUAUUGCUUGGAUUGAUGGUGUACUUGAACAAAUCAAAUCGAGCAAUGAUACAUUUCUGACACUUGUCUGUAUGUGGUUUGAUACCGUGUCGUAUUUAGCUCAUGAUAUUUCUGAUAUCGUCUAUUUACCAACGCUGUUACAUCUCAAUAGUCGAUUGAGUCGUGAGUUUUUAAUCACAGAUCAAUAUAAAUUCUAUUUAAAACAACUAUGUGAUCCAAACCUUACACAAUCUGUGUUUAAUCCUAAACAACGUUUUUACUUGAAAACAUGUUCAUUUUCAUUGAACGUUUGUUUAUCGUCGAAAUCACAAAAUCUUCCUUUCACCGGCGCAGAAAUUAUAAAAUUUCUCAAUGAAGACUAUUCACAAAUGAUUCUUAUAAAUAGUUACACUAUAGACUCGUGGAGUGGCGAAUUGCUUGCUUGUAUUGCACAUAUUAUCGGUCUCAUGUGUUCAGCGUGUUGGUGGUGUGAACUAAAGCCUCAAUAUAUCCAACUUAUUGUUCCAUCUGAAGACACGACAUAUGAACAUAUUUUUGCCCUUAUUCGUCUUGUUAGUUAUCAACCUUAUCAUCAACGUAUUUCUGCUCAAUCAUACAAUGAUGAAACUGUUCUUAUAGAUGCGAGUUUAGGCUUUCUAUUAAGUACGGUAGAAACAUAUGAUUUAGGCUGUUUCAUAAGUUCACAAACAAAUUUACCUACAAUACUUUGGUCCAUAGCACAAACAUCACCCUAUGAUCGAAUUCGUGUUUGUGCCUACGGGUUUUUGGCCGAAAUUCUUUCUGAUAAACAAUUGAAAGCGUUAAAAAUUAGCAAUAAUAUGUGCGAAUUCUUCUUCCACAUUCUCGAACAAGCAUGGAACCAUCCGACAAAACGAUGGAAAAAAAUAACAAUUCAACAUUUAUUAAAAGGUUUUCUGCGUUUAUCAUCGAAUGAUAUUUUUCAAGCAGCAACAGCUAAUUCUAACAAAAUAUCAUUAUUUAUUAAAUUAUGUGACCAAUAUCCUUUGGCAUUCGAUAUUAUUUGGGCUCUUUCGUUCAAUUCAGUUAUUGUUACACAACUUCAAUUGGACCAAUCAUUUACAGCUAAAUUAGUUCAAUUGGAUCUUCAAGCAAGCGAUGAAAACAUACGUAAAAGUGUGAAUGGUAUUCUUUGGAAUUUAAAUUUAAAUCAUGAAGAAAACAUUGCAUCUGACAAUAGUCAUGAGAAAAAAUUCGAUAUUAUGAUUAGUUAUUCACAUAAAGAUAAACAAAUUUGUAAACAAUUGUAUGAAGAACUCAUUCGAGUUGGUUAUCGAGUAUGGAUUGAUUUCGAUCAAAUGUAUGGCAAUGUCAUGGAUGCAAUGGUAGAAGCUAUUGAGCAAUCUCGAACUAUUAUGAUCUGUAUGAGUGAACAAUAUCAACGAAGUAAUUAUUGUCGAGCCGAAGCACAAUAUGCAUUUCAAAAACAAUUAAAUAUGGUACCGAUUCUCUUGCAAAAACAUUACAAACCUGAUGGAUGGCUUGCGUUUCUAAUAAGUUCAUUAUUGUAUGUUGAUUUUACGAAGCAUGAAUAUUCGAAAGCACUCGAUAUGCUGAUGAAGGAGUUCAAAAUGGCUGAUGCACGUAAUAAAAUUUCAACUACAUCUGUUCAACCAAAACUAAAUAAUAUAGAAUUAUUAGAUGUUUCUUCUUGUUUGUCGCAACCACCAUCACAAUCGAUAACAUUUCCUGAACAUGUACAAGACUGGACAGAUACGCAUGUACAGAAAUGGCUUUCUGAGAAUAAUCUUCCACAAAUGGCUCGUAUUUUAUCGGAUACAGAUGGUCUAAGUUUAAUAUAUUUCAGUGAAUAUAUAAUCAAAAAUGAACCACAAAUAAUAUUAUCAUUACUUCAACAAGAUUCACUUCGUCGUAUCAAUGAGAGUGUAUCACUGAUUGAAAUAUCUCGUUUCCGAAGUUUGAUCGAAAGGAGAAAUCUGGCUACGUUCGUAUCAACUAAACAACUCAAACAAGUAGAGAGAAAUACUACAGAUUCAAACUAUUUAACAAGCUGUAACAUAAUUUAG